AUGUCUUUCUUUCCUUCUCAUACCAUCAACAAUACUCUUUCCUUCCUUCUCUUACCAUCCACAAUAUUCUUUCUUUCUUGUACCAUCCAGAAUAUUCUCUCUUUCUUGUACCAUCAAAAAUAUUCUGGAUGCUAUGAGAAAGAAAGAAUAUGCUUUCAUUGUCUUACAAUCCGCGACAUUCUUUCCUUGUUUGUCGUCCCAUCUGUGACAUUCUUUCCUUGUUUGUCGUCCCAUCCACGACAUUCUUUCCUUGUUUGUCGUCCCAUCCGCGACAUUCUUUCCUUGUUUGUCGUCCCAUCCGCAACAUUAUUUCAUUGUUUGUCGUCCCAUCCGCAACAUUAUUUCAUUGUUUGUUGUCCCAUUCACGACAUUCUUGUUUGUCGUCCCAUCCGCAACAUUAUUUCCUUGUUUGUUGUCCCAUUCACGACAUUCUUUUUGUCAUCCCAUCCGCGACAUUCUUUCCUUGUUUAUCGUCCCAUCCGCGACAUUCUUGUUUGUCGUCCCAUCCGCAACAUUCUUUACUUGUUUGUCGUCCCGUACGUGACAUUCUUUACAUGUUUGUUGUCCCAUCCGCAACAUUUUUGUUUGUCUUCCCAUCCACGACAUUCUUCUUUAUUUUUUCCCAUCCGCAACAUUCUUGUUUGUCGUCCCAUCCACGACAUUCUUUACUUGUUUGUCGUCCCAUCCAUGACAUUCUUUACUUGUUUGUUGUCCUGUAUGUUACAUUCUUUACUUGUUUGUCAUCCCAUUCACGACAUUCUUGUUUGUUGUCCCAUCCGCAACAUUUUUGUUUGUCGUCCCAUCCGCGACAUUCUUUACUUGUUUGUCAUCCCAUUCACGGCAUUCUUGUUUGUUGUUCCAUCCGCAACAUUUUUGUUUGUCGUCCUAUACAUGACAUUCUUUACUUGUUUGUCAUCCCAUUCACGACAUUCUUGUUUGUUGUCCCAUCCGCAACAUACUUCAGGUUGCCAGCCCGUUCCUCAAUCUGAACAUGUUGUGUCUCCAACAAAUGGAGAAAAAGGAAAAGAACAGAAGUUAAAAAGGAAGGCAACAGACACGUCAUGCGAUGACACAUCACCUACAGUAGCAAAGCAUAGAUUGACUGUGAAUUAUGCUCUGAAAGGUUAUGUGAAGGAAUUGAAAGGGGAACGGGAGGAGAUGCAAGAUGCUCAUGUUGUUAUUGAUGAUUAUGCUGCUCAAUUUGAAAACCUACAGCCAUCAGUUUUCAGGAUGGCGUUGUACGGCGUCUUCGAUGGUCAUGGAGGAGCUCGAGCUGCUGGCUUUGCCUCAGAAAACCUGCACGUAAAUCUACGGACAGGCUUCCCAAAGGGCGGAGAGGUUAGACAGAUUGAAAAAGAAAUUAAGAAAUGUCUUAUUGAGGCUUACAAAAAGACUGAUGCGGAAUAUUUAAAAGUUGCUGCCAAAAACAAACCUGCUUGGAAAGAUGGUACAACUGCGACUGUUAUCUUGUGCCUAAAUGACACAAUGUACAUUUCAAAUUUGGGAGAUAGUAAGGCCAUCCUGUGUCGAUACAAAGAAGAUGCUCAGCAGUAUGUUCCUGUCCCUCUCACAACAAAUCACAAUCCAACCGUUUAUGAAGAACGGAUCCGCAUACAGAAAGCAGGUGGCCAUGUCAAAGAUGGUCGUGUGAUGGGCAUGCUUGAAAUCUCUCGUUCACUCGGGGACGGACAGUACAAAAACCAUGGGGUCACUUGCCUUCCUGAUGUCCGUAAAUGUCAGCUCACAGAAAAUGACCGGUUUGUUGUGAUUGCUUGUGAUGGCCUCUGGAAAUGUUUUAGUCCGAGUGAAUGUAUACAAUUUAUUUGUGACAUAUUGGAGGAUGACACUAUUGAGGGGACAAAAUCCCGAACAUUCAAUGAAGUGAGAUAUGAAACGGCUUGCCAACGACUGGUCAGUGAAGCUGUGCUUCGGCUUACUGCUGAUAAUGUGACUGUGUUGAUAGUGGCCAUAUCCAAACUUUCAGGCACUCUUUCAUAA